AUGAAAGACCAAGAUGAACUGACUCUUCCUGCAAAGGAAUACAGAAAGCUGGAGGGGCUUAUAGAGAAGGUACGGAAGUAUGCAGAUAUAGAGACAAAAGAUACAAAAGAAAAUCUUUCUCUUGGUACCCUAGACUAUCUCAAAAAGUACAGAAUCAAUCGCUAG